AUGCAGCUUCUUUCCAUCUUCAGUGCUCUAGCCCUGAUCCCUGCCGUCAUAUCGUCCCCGGAGACAGGAAUCAAGCUUGAUACCCGCGACAAUGACCGCGGUAACUAUCUUGUCUCUGGUCUUGGAGCUCGUAAGCAACAGGUGACUGGUGCCGGAGGCAACACUCGCGACCUAGCCAUUGCGAUGCUGGAGACAGACCACAUGACUACGGAUUACACAUACGGUGACGGAAAGACCGGCGAUGGUACCAACUUCGGAAUCUUCAAGCAAAAUUGGUACAUGUUGCGUACCUCUGCGUCUGAAUUCUUGGGCAUGAGCACCAGCCAGGUUUCCGAGGGCGCAAUUCUGAACUCUGACUUGGGCAAGGACAUUCAGGCUCGCCACGACGGCGAGAGCAAGUAUGGCUUUGAUGUUUGGUUUGCUGGUCAUCGCAAUGGACAGUCCGGAGUUGAGAACCCUAAUAGCUCGGAUAUCCAAGGAUAUAAAGAUGCGGUUUCGUGGAUCCAACAGCAGAUCGAGAGUGAUGACAAGUAUCAGAGCGAUGAUACUCGGUUCUGGGUCCAGGUCCAGGCCAUCUAA